UCUGACUCGCUUCGCAGCGCCACCCUCAUCAGGCUAGUGGUCUUCAGCGCCGCCUUGGGCAUCGUCCCCUUGACGUCCUACUUUGCCAGCCAGAAGUACCUCUGGAAUGGGAACGCCACGUAUGCUGCACUGACUGCUAUAGUCGCCGCAAACCUCAUCCUAGUCUCAUACAUCAUCACAUCCCUGCUUGAAGACACGUCUGCGCCGACUCCCAUUCGCCCAGCGCCAACAACAGAGACUAAGAAGAUACAAUGA